AAUUCACUUGCUCGAGGGAGCCUGAAAAAAAAACGCGAAACACACACGCUCCUCGAAGAAACUCAACGCGCGUGUUCUUCUCUCUCAACCCCACACACACCUUCCCCACCUCUCUACUUUUUGUAUACCAUGUCGACUUCACUCCUUCAAUACACACUCGAUCCUCUCUAUUCUAUACCCCUCAAACUCUUCAUUCAUACCAUCCUAUCACUUAGCCCAUUUCCGAAUCGACGAGGGCACUACCUGUUGAAUGAAUCGCGGCUCAUUCGAGAAGCUGAAAUAUGUGGAACCAUAGUCGCCGUAGAACAAACCUAUAAUAUGAUAAUAUACACAAUUGAUGAUGCAACAGGAACGCUGCGUUGCAUCAAGUGGAAACAUCCGGACAGAAAGAAUAAGCCCCGUGGUUUGGGCACUUGCAUUCUAGUCCGUGGAUUUAUUGGCGACUUUAUGGGUUUUCGACAAAUCACUAUCAAACAUCUUGAUGUCAUAAAAAACCCAAAUCGAGAAAUAUUACAUGAUCUGCAGACAGUCUAUCUGUAUGAGACGCUGUACAGCAAGCCUUGCGCGUUAUCCGAAGAUGUUCUCGAACACAGACAGGCAAUUGAAGAGGAACUACGAGCGAUGCACGAUGAAUAUUUCUGGCGGGGUGUAAUUACUGCCAGUCAGAUAGAGCAAAAGCAAGAGGAGACUGUGGAGAUCAACGAAGAGUUUUUCCAAAAGCAGUUUCUGGCACAUGUGCAACAGGAAUUCCCAGAUGAUCGAUUUUCAUACACCCAAGUCAUGUCAAGAAAGGACCUUGUAGAGCUAGCAAGCCAUGUCUGCGUCAACGAUUAUAAGCAUGACGAACCUACGAAUAAUGGUAUCAAUGAAAUAUUUGCUCGAGCUACAGAAAUAUUCUCGAAAAAAGGGCUCAUUGUAGAGGUCGCGAAUGGGGCCGGACUGUUCAGGCUGGUCAAGGACGCUGAUGUGCAGCAAGUGAUAUACCGCAUCAUCCGUGCAAAGCAAGAGACCUUGACAAUUUCAUUCGGCGGAAUCAUGCAAGAAUACAUCAUUGCCAGAGUCAGGAAAGAAGAAAAGAUGUACGCGGAUCUUGCACGAGAAAGGAUCAUCCAGUGUCUGGAAGACAUGGUUCUCAAGAGCGUGUUGUACUUGACUAGGAGCAGAGAAUACAAAGUGCUUGUAUAACAAAACUUGUCCAAUGAGCCGUUACCAAAGUGUGCAUACAGCAUGGAGGGGGCGGGACCCUAAAUUGCGGGCAAUUGUAAGCGCAAUCAAUAAUGCCUCUCUUUUCUGCGUGAAACAAGUCUUUUCCCUCGCUCGCUCCCUCUCUCUCUCUUUCUUUCUCACAUAUUCCCUUUUGCCUGCUGGCGACAGAAAGGAGUGCAGCUAUCUUUACAAACCUUAAGUUCUCUUUCUCUCUCUCUCUCUUGCCCUUGCUUACCUGUGUAGUGAGUUUGAAUUGUGUGUGUGUGUGUGUGUGUGCGUCCUUACUUUUACUGUAACUGUUGUAACUCUCUCACUCUUCUCUUCUCUUUUCUCU